AUGGAAACUUUAUUCAAUGGCGGAACAAUAUCGUCAGGACCAUUGGUCAGUUACGCACCCUUCCUAGACGAGGCAGGGGUAAUGAGAAGUGGAGGACGUUUGAAGAAAGCCAUGUCAGUACCAUGGACUACAAGAACGCCAAUAUUGCUCCCACAAAAGCAUCCAUAUACAUAUUUGAUCGUGAAAGCAACACACGAAAGAUAUUUCCACCACGGCGAAAACACCGUCAUAGCAGCAUUACGGCAGAAGUAUUGGAUACUGCAUAUAAGAACAGUAUUAGCAAACGUCAAGAAGAAUUGCAAUAGGUGCAAAAUACGACGUGCAACUCCGGUAGAGCCGAUGAUGGCAGAUUUACCACAUUUCCGCACAGAAGCGCAUAUACCUCCAUUUACAAACUGCGGAGUAGAUUACUUCGGACCUUUCGAAGUAGCGGUAAAGAGAUCGCUCGAGAAGAGAUGGGGCGUCAUAUUCACCUGUCUCUCAACAAGAGCAGUACAUAUUGAGAUGGCAGAAAAUCUCAGUACUGAUGCGUUCAUGGUCGUGUUAAGGAACUUCCAGAACCGAAGAGGAAAGGUCACCAGUAUCUACAGCGACAACGGAACGAACUUCGUUGGAGCAGAGCGAGAGUUAAAGUCGCUAGUCAAUGAAAUCAACGAGAAGAUGGGCAAAAAUGAAGCAGCAAAAAUGGAAAUCCAGUGGAGAUUCAACCCACCUUCAGCACCACAUUUUGGAGGCGCUUGGGAGAGAUUAAUAAGAAACGUCAAAGUAGCACUAGCAGAGAUCCUGAAAGUUUGGGGUAGGAGCAAGCCAUCAGCAGCAACGUUGCAAGCUGCAUUCAUCCAAGCGGAAUUUUUAGUCAACUCUCGACCGUUGACACACAUACCAGUCUCCUGCAUCGACGAUGAAGUGUUGACGCCAUUCCACGCGUUAAUAGGAAGAGCAGGAGAGUAUGCCCCACCGUAUGCACCAACGACCAGUCAGUAUGACACAGCGCAAUGGAGACGCAUUCAACAUUAUUCCAAGUUGUUUUGGAACCGAUGGAAGAAGGAGUACUUACCAACUCUGUUAAAGCGUAAUAAAAAUACGCAGAAAGUAGAACCGAUCAAAGUCAACGACAUCGUCUUAAUCACGGACGACGACGCACCACCAGGAAAAUGGCUUAAAGGACGAGUCAUCGAAACGUUUGUGGCGAGCGACGGGCAAGUUCGCCAAGCAAAGAUCCAAACCGCGAAAGGUGUCCUGAAACGACCGGCAGUUAAAAUUGCAGUACUGGACAUUAUCAAGGGAAAUGAUCCAGCCAUCAACUAA